CCGAGCGACCGCGGUAGUGUUCUGCCCGGGUAUUUCUCUUCUGGGUGGAAGAGCGGCCCCGUGCGCGAGCUGUCAGUCGCGUGUGCUGAGUGAUACCGUAACACAGUGCCACGUUUGCGUAUUUCACGUUUUGCAGUUUCCUCGACGAGUUUCGCGAGUCGCGCAAAACAUUUUUCAUAUCUCCUUUGUUCUAUUUUCUCUCUCUUUUUUUUCUUUUUUUACGAACCCUUUUGCGUCUCGCGCAGACGUCGCCUGGUGACACAGUGAUAUUCGACGUCCAACAUUUUAUCCGGAUAUUUUCACAGCUCUCCGAUUGAUGGAAAGAGAAAUCCGUCGCACAGCUAUGCGUGUAUAUAAUCGCGGGACCUGCGUGCACGCACGGUACUGAGUUACGAGUAUCGCGCGGAUUUCGAUUUACGCGUGAUUUGAUUUAGCGAGCGUCGGGUGGCGCAUGAUUUUCAGUCAACGAUGUCAUCCGGGGAUUGACCGUUUGUUUUCGGGUAAUUGCUCGCCGGAAUUUCGACGUUCCGCGCGCGUGAUUUAGCGAACGAAUCGCUCUCUGUUCGCUGUCGCGAAGGAUGGGGAUAGGUCGCGCGAAUUAAUGCCGGCGACGUGCGCAUUUAUGAAUGCGUGAUUCGGGAACAGGUUCUAGUUAUUUUCGUCUGAGAUCGGAUCUUUACAAUCUGUUGGGAAAGGUCAUGCGUUUCCGAGACACGACAGAAGGAAAAUCCUCGUUGCAUUUUCGCCGAGUAAUUCUAUCGGUGCAUUGAAAGUGCGUGCGGCAAUACAAGGCGGUUGUCAGCGUUGAAGCGGCCUCGCUUUCGAGGGCGACUUUGUCGCCCCGGAUGAAAGUAAGACGGACGCCGUAAGAGGAUUUAGCUUUAUUGCCGCAGCGUGCGGUCUUCGAAGAAAGUGGAAGUUACGGAGAGUGAGAGUCUCCUCUAUCGAGAUAGAAAAGCCGCGCGAUCGUUUCACAACGUCAACCGACUGAUUACGUCAAUCGCGAAUACAGGGACAGGUAUUUGUUUCGACGAUCACGUGUACCAUUGACAAGAAUUCGGGUUAAGGCGAACUCAAGUCGCUUGCGCGGAAUGCGAUUGACUCCAUUGUACAUUUACGUAAUGCGUGCGUGAUCGUCGAAAGCGGCGAAUCGACGUUCGCGCCUCGUUGAAUGCAACGUCGGAUUUCGCAAUGCAACGUAUUUUUAAUAACUUUAUUAAAUAAUUACUAAAGUGCACUCGUCGUUAUUGUUAUUUUACGCAUGUGAUACCUAUGUUUUAAAAAGGAAAAAUUUGAUUUCUCAAUGUAUCAAGUUUGACCUGAUUUCUCAACUAAUAAAGUUCAAUUUGAUGUUUUCAUUCUUUCAGAUGUAAUUCUUUACUUCAGUGGAUUUGCAUCUUGUUUCAAUCAGACGCGUGAAGAUUAUAAAAGGGAAUCAACAUGGACACGAGUACAGUGCGCUUGGUGAUAUUUUUGGGCAUGUUUCUCGUUUUCGCCGGCGAUUAUAGCGCGUUGAUCUCCUCAAUUUUUGGUAGUGCAACGGAGAGGAACAUCACCGACACUGUCAGAGAACCCGAGGCUCAGCUUAAAGGGCCUCACGAUAAGAUACCCGUUUUCUCGAAAAAAGACGUCGAUAAGGAUAACGUUGCUUUACGCCGUGCGAAGAUGAUGGCAACGAUUAAGACCGCCUGCCUGCCAAAGUUGAUAUGUGAGCUCACGUCAUCCGUUCAUCAAGACCAACUAAGCGAAAUGGAGCGAUCUCUUUUGAAUCUCAUAAGAGACACCAGUUUAAGCACAAUGGCGGAAGUGCCCUCAAGGUAUCACUUCGCGGCUCAUAUGGGUCAACUCAUUUCCGGUGUGGAAGGUCAAGGUUGUCAUAACUUUUACCCGACAUGUCCACUGCCGGGCGCUAGUGUACUGAACAUGAUGAAGAAAGUCCGGUUACGCUGACGAGCCAAAACCAGUGAUUGUGAAAGUCCCAGAUGACGAUUAUUAAACCUGUGAUAUCUCGGAUGCUUUCCUUGUUUCGCACCGGUAUCGAUAUCAUCGAUAUCGUAGGGAUUUAAUUUGCGUGCUGAUAAAUUGCGUUUUCAAUAUGCGAAAUGUACAAAAUUGUGUGAAGAUAAUCUCAGUUGUUAAGAAAAUAUGAUAAGAAAAAACUCUGUAAGAUAAAAGAAAUUAUAGAAUAAUGCGAGAUCAAAGAGAUUAUAAAAUAAUCUGAGAUAAGCUAUUAAUUUAUCCAGUUGUAAAAUUGAAUUGAUUAUAAUUCAAUCAAUUAGCGUUUCGAAUCUCAUUAAAGAUUUAUCCAUUUUAUCUGAUUAGUUUAAUAUUUGGAAAACAAGCAUUUGCUCAAUAAUGCUAUUUAUUUAUUUCAUAAACAAUACUCAUGUUUCUUUGCACUCAUUUCUAGAAAUGUAUAAUAUAUCUCAUUUUUAUUUUUACAUAACUCAAUCAUUACAAAAUGUAAUGUGUAUAUGCACACAUGAAAACUUAUUUGUAAUUUUAUAUUGUUAUACUGUACUAUGUUAUCGUAUUUUAAUAAAAAAAAGAAUAUAACAAGUA